AUGACAAACCUUGCAGAGGUUAUCAAUGUGUCAGCCUGUUUUAUGAAAUCUCACAAGGAUUUCUUCAACAGGCAUUUAUACAUAUCAAAAGAUGUCAUCUUUCAGAAGGACCUUUAUCUUGCUGAUUCAUUGAUAUCAACUACUUUACACAAUCUGAAGGUCCUACUCAAUGCGGCCUGUAAAGUGGCUGUGGCAAUUCCUUCAGAGACACCAGGCCUACUUACUGCAGCCUGUCAAGAGACUGCAGUGAUUUCUGAUUCAUCAAUUGAUAAUCUAUUCAUUGAUGAGAAAAUUCAACCUGAGUUGCAGAAUACACUGAACUUCUCAGAACUCACAGUUGAAUCUGAUGAUUCUCUGACAUCUAUAAGAAAUAUUACUACAGUAGAGAAAGCUUCAGUGAGAGACAGUCUUGAAGAUCUACUCACUGAUUCUGAGAUCACUGCACUUCUGAUUCUGAAAAACCUCACACAUAUCAAAGCUUUCAUGGAAUGA